AAAAUGAAAUACGAAAUGGAGAAGUUUAUUGUCACAAUAAUCAUUGGAGUCGCCUUUGGGUUCUUCCUUGGAGUGUCAUAUCCAUCACUGACAUCAAAUAAGCAAAUUAUUACAAGUCCUAUUCCAGCCCAAGAGUAUGUGGUUUCAACUGAGGAGGAGAUUUGCAACUCUACAGAAAAUCAAGCUCAAAAUCAAAAUGUUAUGGAUUUUACAAAGAUUUGGGUUCCAUCAAACCCGAGAGGAGCAGAAAGAUUACCACAAGAUAUUGUUGUCUCUGAGUCAGAUUUCUAUCCCCGACGGUUAUGGGGAAAGCCCAGUGAGGACCUGACUAGCAAGCCAAGGUAUCUGGUAACAUUUACUGUAGGAUAUAACCAGAAGAAGAACAUUGAUGCUGCUAUGAAAAAGUUUUCAGACAAUUUUACUAUCAUCCUGUUUCAUUACGAUGGCCGAACAUCUGAGUGGGAUGAUGAGUUUGAGUGGUCGAGGAAGGCCAUUCAUGUGAGUGUUAAUAAACAGACAAAAUGGUGGUAUGCAAAAAGGUUUCUGCAUCCAGACAUUGUUGCGCCAUAUGAAUAUAUAUUCAUCUGGGAUGAAGAUCUAGGAGUUGAGCAGUUUGAUGCUGAGGAAUACAUUACACUUGUGAAGAAGCAUGGGUUAGAAGUUUCGCAGCCUGGAUUGGAACCCCACAAGGAAGUUGGGAUAACAUGGCAAAUGACAAAGCAGAUCAAAGGCAACAGUGAAGUUCACAAAGAAACAACAGAGAGACCAGGCUGGUGUUGGGACCCUCAUCAGCCUCCAUGUGCAGCGUUUGUUGAGAUAAUGGCUCCUGUCUUCUCUCGAAAUGCAUGGCGCUGCACGUGGUAUAUGAUUCAGAAUGACUUGGUCCAUGGUUGGGGUCUUGACUUUGCACUUCAAAGAUGUAUUGAGCCGCCUGCGCAUGAGAAGAUUGGAGUCGUGGAUGCUCAACCCAUUGUUCAUCAAGGCAUACCUUCACUUUCGGGGAAAAACUCAGAGAAUGGGAAAUCUAAACGGCUAGAGCCAGGGCCGUCGGAGUCGUUGAGAAUCCAUUCUCCGACAAUGACUCUUCACUCUCCUGCAUUACUAUAGGAGGCGGCCGCUUUGUUGAUAUCGGUUUCAGAGGAGCCCGGAUAGCGAUUCCGGCGUAACCCAUUUCUUGCCCUCCGACUCCUUACCAAGAGAAAAAGAACAAGCGAGCUUUUGAAUAUGAAUUAAAGGGAAGGGAAGAAACACACUUGGGGCAAUUAAAGAGUAUUCUCAAAAUUUUGAUUUUGGGGGAAUAAACCAAAAGGCCGGAAAUGCAAAAACGGCUUUGAAUGAGUGAGAGGGAUAGACAGAGAGGAAUGGCAAACCAAAAAUGUGAGAG